CGUCUUGCCAGUGAGACAUACACGGUCCUUCUCUCCAGACACCACACCAACGGUUCGGUGGUUUGAAAAAGCAGAAAACGGUCGGUUCCCUAUCUCGCAGCCAACACCAGAAGGAACGGACAAGAAGCAAAAAAAAUCAUCAAACGCCUCACAGCAGCACACUUCUUCACGGUCGCUUAUUCGCUCUCCGCGAACUCCGCCGUUUUCGCUCAUCACUAGCUGAUCCGCGUGAGGUGCAGCAGGGGCUGGUAGUGUGCUCCGGUCCGAUAUUAGUUUUAUUGUGUAUUUCGUUACUGUUGAUUGUACACACGCGUACCGCAGCAGCAGCAGCAGCAGUGACCGCGGCGGCAAAAGCAGUAGGCGAAGUAGCCUUAGUGUACACACGGAGAGCGCCGCGAACGGAGUUUUCGAACUCGCGACGAACGACGAUCGUACAAACGCAAAAAAAAAAUAACCGUACGAAGCUGAAAAAAUAUCGAUCGCAGGAGGCACUUAAGUUCAGAAAAACACAAAAAAAAACAAACAUCCAUCGCCAGUGUCGCCAAUCGUUUCCGGCCGAUAGCGAAUGCAAUCCCGUUGAUAACUGAAGAGCUUUUGUGUCACAUGGCAGAAAAUCCAGUGCACAACCGUAAUCAGUAAUAGUGUGUGGAGGCGUACAGAAUCUGUGAACAAGUGAAUCCCGUGAAGCCACCGAACGGGAACAGUGAAUGUAGUAACAGAAGAAGAGUAGAAGCCGUUUUUUCGAAUAUUAGCAAAAAUAAAAUUAAGAUUGUGGAUAACCCUCUGCCUCACAAGUGUUGACGUCCCGGCUGGAGCUACCUACAGCAUUGCUUUGGGGUCGAGCAAAAAUAAAAGGCAAGUGCUCCAAAAUCGCCUUCCAAAACAUGCAGCCAGGGAAAUGCAGAGCAGGGAUUGAGUGAAAACUAUUUUGUGAUUAUUUUUUCUGUUCAGUGGGUGCUGGUGUGUGUUUUCUUCGCAUCAAAAAAAAACGGUGCAAGGACGAGUUUGUAGUCACCCGUAGUCACACCGGAGGGAUCGAGCUAUUUGGCAGAGAACACCGAUUGAUGCACCCUCCGCAAUGACACCCACCGUCAAGCAGCUGUUACGCGGUUAAUCCGCAUCAACGUUCGGCAGAAAAGCAGCUAGCGACGACAGGGCAACGAUUUUCCCCUUACAGGACACAUUUUCCGAUCGGCAAUCAUAGAGCAGCGCGAGGUCAUCCGCCAAACAUCGACCCAAAUGGUUAUGUCGCCAAGCAGACGACUAUCAUCGCCAGGAAUUGCCACGCAUCCAAUGAAUAUGCAUUUGAGCUCACUGCAACACUCCCAGCUGCAACUGUCCUCUCAAAUGCAUCAGAAGUUGGCCGCCGGACUGACGCCGAAUCAUAUGAGUGGAUUCUUCAAAAGUCCAUCGACCUCUCCGAGCAGCGCCAAUGCUAAUAUGAGCAAUAUUAACAACAACAAUAACAACAACCACAGUAGUAACAAAAGUCAGAACAACAACAACAACAGUAGCAGUAGCAGUAACAAUCACAGCACAUCGAGCAACAUGCCGUCGGCAACUGAACUGUCGACACAUCCGUUAAAUCGGCUCCAAUCGAUGCAACCGUUCGACUUCCGCAAACUGAGCGCAGCAGCCGCAGGACUAAGUGCAUUCACGGCAGGACUACCGCCACCAAGGUUGAGUCCUGAAGCCGCGGCCGCACAGCACCACUUCAAUCAGCAGCACGCUGCUGCCGCGGCGGCAUAUUCCCAGGCAACGGCGAAGCGCCGUGAUUCGCAGGUUUCCGAUUCAUCACCAAGCUCGCGCGAUCACGCAGCAGCGGCCGCCAAUUUCAUGAACCUGUCUAUGGCCGGACAUGGUUUACCAUUUCCGAUUCCUCCACCUCCGCCACCGACGUCGGUGACCAUGUCACUGGCUAACUCGCUGAACCAUUCGGCAGCCGCAAUGGCUGCCGCCGUUUCCGGAAAUCCUCUGGCGGCAAGUUUCGUGGCGCAAUCGUUCCCCAAUCUACUAGCGGCUUCUGCUGCCCGCGAGCAGGCUCGCAGCAAGUCACCGCUUUCCUCGCACCACAAGAUGCAGCUAAAGAUGGAAAAACCAUCCGACAAAUCCGACAUGGAAAAGAAUCACCACGGCAGUGGUGAGAACGUGUUAAACCUCAGCCGAGACUUGGCCGCUGCAGCCGCUGCCAAUCAGCAUUUGGCCCGGCAAGGAUUGCCAGGUCAUGUUAGCCGCAUUGCUGCCGGUCUACCGCCCGGAGUUCAUCUCAAAAAACCACAAUCUCCCAACAAACGUCAGUGGGGAGCUUUGCCACCCAACCUGGGAACCCAAUUCGUGAACCCUGCCACAGGCAAGAAACGAGUCCAGUGCAACGUCUGCUUCAAAACUUUUUGUGAUAAGGGAGCUCUGAAAAUCCACUUCUCCGCGGUGCAUCUACGAGAAAUGCACAAAUGUACAGUCGAGGGUUGCAGCAUGAUGUUCAGUUCCAGACGUUCCCGCAAUCGGCACAGCGCCAACCCAAACCCAAAACUGCACUCGCCCCACCUUCGCAGGAAAAUCUCCCCACACGAUGGACGCAGCGCCCAGCCACAUCCAAUCCUGUUGCCGUCCGCCGGUAUGCCUCUACCGAACGGACUCAACCCGCUGCAUCCAUUUGCACCGUUCCCGUUCCCGGGUGACAUGCGUCACCCCUCUCUUACCGCCCUCGAAUUUAAGGCCAACAUGGAAGCUAGUAUGCACCGUCGCCUGCAAGAGCAGGAGAAACAGCGGGAAAAUCAACGUCAAUCGCUCAGUCCGGAGAACUAUCGCUAUCGAAGUCCUCUCGGUGACACUCCUGACAAGUAUCUUUCCCCCGGACAACAUUUAGGUGGUGGAAGCUCGGUCGGAAGUCAUUUGGAUGAUGACGACGACGAUGACGAUGAUCCCAAUGGAAUCGUUAUCGAUGGCAACGAUGACGAUGAUGACAUGCACGGCUUCGAUAUGUCACUUAGUUCGGAAUCCGAAGACGUAAAAUCCUAUCGCCACUCGGGGACUCCAGAGCCGGAGUAUGACGACGAACAGGAGAACCACAGGAGGAACGAAACAAUGGGCAAUGAAAACGAGCCGCAGGACUUCAGUAUAGCGAAGUUGAAGACAGAAAAGCUGUCCACUUCCUCCGACGGAGAUGAAAUUGCAAGCAACGUUGACAGCAACGAGGAUUCGUCGGUGCAUGACUCUCAGGCCACACGGGACGAGAUGAAUGCCUUCCUCUCCAUCAACAAACGCAAACGAAAGAGUAUGAAUCCGAUCAAGUGUGCGAUUCCGCAGGAACACUUAUCCGCCGAGGGCGGUCACAUGUCCGAUGAGAACGAAGAGAAGGAUGGUGAAGAAGAACAACCAGAGCCUUUGAUUAAAAAAAUCAAAUUAGAAUCCCAGCAGCAGAACGAAGCACUAGCACUGGUAAAUGACAAACGUGAAGAAUCGAUUUCACCCAAACCGAACGGUGAGAGCAACCACGUAGAAGAAGAAGAAGAAACACCUGUGAAGAUUAAGUCUGAACCUAGUGAACAUCAAUACGAGGCUGAAAACUUGUCACUCGAUCUGUCGAAGAAACGCUCCACGCCGGAUGUUAACGCCAACGAGAAGUUUACCAAAUAUUCGAUCGACGUAAAGCCGGCGUCCGAGCUGCUGCAGAAUCCGGUGCCACUCGUAAAUCCGAAAAAGGAACACGAAACGGAACCGGAAGACCUAAGGAGACCAAGCUCAACCGACAGUAAAAAGAGCGCCGAAAGUUUGGACUCAGCAAACACCCUCAGACGGCUGGAGAAUCUCUCUCACGGACCGCUGAAUGAGAUGAUGAUGCAACGUGGUGGCUUGCCACAGUUUCCUCCGCUAAGCUACCUCAUGAAUGCCGCUCCACCAAGUCCCGCCCGAUCACGGAGUUCUUCGCCAGGAAGAACAGAAGAUAACAGUCAUCAGCAGGACGUUGAUUCGGAUGACAACGUAGACUACUGCGAGGAAGGCAACUGCUUCAGUGAUCCCAAUGUACCUCUUGACAAAGAUAACCCAAAGAAAUGUUCCGCCUGCGGACGGAUGUUCCAGAAUCACUUUGCCGUUAAGACUCACUAUCAGAAUGUGCACCUCAAGUUGCUGCACAAGUGCAAUAUCGAUGGCUGUAACGCGGCCUUCCCUUCGAAACGCAGCCGUGACCGACAUGCUUCAAAUCUGAAUCUACACCGGAAGUUGCUUUCCACUAGCUCCGACAGUAACGACACGGUACUCACCAUGGACAAGCAGUUUUCCGGUUUCCCAGGACCUCUGCAAACUGAGUUCCUCGCUAGGCUGUAUGCAGAUUCGCAAAAGUUCCCCAUGAACUUGGAAGCAUUUAAAAACCACUUCCCGAAUGCCGGUGCCUAUGCAGAUCACUUCUUGAAUGGUGCCGGCCAACGAUUUCCGCCAGCCGCAGCAAAUCCAUUUUUGUUUCCUCCCCUCGGAGGACUGGCCAGCUUUCCCGGAUUAUCCCAAUUCUCCCAUCUGCUGCCGCAUCCGCUGAAUGGAUUAUCGUCCCAGCUAGCGGGUGGCCGUAUGUCCCGCUCGGAUUCACCCAUCUCGGCGUGCUCACCACCAUCGAAUAUCAACAUUCCAUCCCCCAUGUCACAACAUCAGGAUCACGACCAAGAGCGACACCAUUCGGCGGCCGCUCUACUUAGCCACAACCGGUCACCGGCAGCCACCCCGGCCGAAGAAGCACACAAGAGCCAAAAGACGCCGGAUACCCUGUCGUGACCAGCGCCGUCCCUUACAUCGUUUGCAACCGAAUCCACCAUCUGGUAAAUCCACCUUCAGUACACCAAGAUUGCCGGUUUCCCCCCGUUUUCAACAUUUUAUGAGUUUUUUUCCCCCCUUCCAUUCGGGGUCUCGCGGCAGACUAAUCUAGUGUAGGCCUGGUUGAGUCACGGCAGCCUCGCUUAGGCACAAGUGCGCCAAGUAAUGUUAUCUCAGCAAUGAAGCGUUUCGAGAAAAAAAAAACAACUUUGAUAAAAACAGACAGAUAAUUCAAUUUAAAAGCGAUUGAUGGGUAUACACAAAGCGGAAGUCUCUCUUCUAAAGAAAAAAUCGUGAUCUCGUUUGACUCUCUUUUUAUUAUUUUGUAAUUAAAAUUUAUCGUAAGUUAGGUUCUGCUUAUCUGGUUAUUCGAAAGUGGCCGUAAUUAUGGCGGAGAAAAGGGAAAUAAAAAAAAACGACAAAAGCGUUAAUAACAGAACUUAGCUACUUUUAGCGAUAACGGCAAAUUGUGGUUGAAAUAAUAAAUCACACUUUACUAAAGUGCCCAGUGAUAUAACUUUAAUUAAAUGCUUUCGGACACUCGAAAAGUCUCCUACUGCAGAUGCUGCGACUCGCAGUUUUUUUUUUCUCUCUCUCUCUCUCUCUCUCUCUUUCCUUUCGGUGCGUGGGAGAAGUGGGACAAAAAUUGAUUUCUUUUUUAAUACGAGUAGAAUUUUAGACGUUUUAGUAGCAAGCAAAAGUAAUAAUGAUGAAACAAGUAGCUAUGAUAAGGCCGUAAGUGUAAGCUUCUCCAGUUCCUAAAACUCUGCUCCUAGUAAGCUGCUGUGUAAUUUAUUCGUGAAAGAAGAAACUUCCCAAAAAAAAUAGAAAACAACCCUUAAGCAAAAGCAACUGAUCAACGAAGAAUGAUAUUGAUUUUAUUUAGAAACUAGUACCUUUUUUGUUUAAUCAUCGUAAUUUAAUCGCGCUGUCACCAACACCAAAAUCUUCCACGAAAAAGAAAAAAACAUGACUAGUGUAAGUGAAAGAGGUCAAACAAAGAGCAACAGCCGAAAUCCUAGCGACCGAAGCAAGCUAAUAAUAGAAGAAAUUUUUGCAACAGUGUUGCCCGAAACAUUUGCGGGCAAACUUUCAUUUUUGUGUACCUUUACUACUUGUAAACGACAAGCUACUCGUUUAAUUUGCGAACACUGAAUGGAAAAAACGCAAACGUAGCAAGACGAUGCAGCAAAAUCAAUAAGAAAUGUGCAAUAUUUUCGUCCUCUUUUGUGCUCUAGAUAAUUGAAAGUCUUUUAGGGUAAUAAUCAUACGCAUAGUUAAAAUACUUUCACAAUUCUAGUGAUUAAGGAGAACAAAACAAAAUAGUAGAUUUAAUCAGGCUAAGCAAAAAACGUAAACGAUAUGGAAUAUGUCUAUACAGCAUUUUACUCUCUAGGAAAAAUGAUCAACACAAAAAACAACACACACGAACAAACAAAUAUCUGUACAUAGACUAUACAUACUGAGCUAUAAAACCGUAGAUAAUUACAACAAUUGAUAUUAAUGGUUAAAAAUAAAACUUCAUUCAAAAUGAAGGUAUCGCAUCACACAUCACAAAUUACAGUAAUGUAAAAUAGCGACAAGCAAGUUUACCUAUACGAAAAAAAAAACAAGCAAACUUAAAUAUCAAAAAUAUCAAUAACUACGAAAAGUAAAACAAAUAUCAGUAAGAAAACCCUCCCAAAAACCAGUUCCAUAGGCGCUCACAAAAUCGGCUAUUUUCCUUCGAUUAGUUUGUUUACAUGUACCACACAAACACACAUCGCACGUCAUUGACCGACAAAAACGGCGCGCCGCACAAAUGUCAAAACUUUUGCGAUUUUUUCUAUCAGUUUUUAUGAUAACAACAAAAAUCACUUAUAUUUAUUUUUAAAGGUUUACUCUCAUGCUCGCGAGCUGCCGAGCGGAAAAAAACCCUCCCGAAAAAAAGUAUGUGAAAAUAAAUUAUUUUA